GCAGCAGCAGCACCAGUAGCAGCACAACAAGCACCAGCAGCAGCACCAGCAGCACCACAACCACAAUGGAAGGUGCUUAUAUUAUGCCGGCCACUGUGGAUGCCACUACUGCGCAGGGCUCUGUCGUCCAGGCCACUUUGCACAGUGCCCUGGUGGCUCUGAACUCUCAGGAGGAGAGUAUUGUCCAAGAGACACCCCAGGGAACGGUAACUGUGAUCAAAGUUGCCAGUGGAAGCGAUGUAGCUGGAUUGGUCUUCCAAUUUGACCAGCAGACCGGUGCUGUGACCAGUGAGAGCAGCACUACCAGCGUGAAAGUGAGUGUGCCUGCCAGUGCAGCACAGCAGGCAUCCGCGGGCACAAACUUGAUGGUCUCUCUCACGCAAAUCAAAGAGGAAGUCACUACGGCCAUGCCUUACAAGAAGGCGAACGGAGACAGUGUGCAGUACAACUCAAAGGUCCUGGAGUUUUCACUCUUGAAGGAGUCGGGCGGCCUCAUCGAAGUGGCCGAGAUUGCGAAUGCCGCGGAGCCCAUCUACUUUCGAUUUCACGACAGCGCUCCGGUGGAAGGGGACCAAUGCACCUUCUUUGAUUUGGCCACCAACCAAUGGUCCUCUGAGGGCGUCUCACUGGUGGAUGGGAGCCAGAUACCAGAGAUUGGCACGCCUGGGACCUGGUGCUCAUCGACCCAUACCUCCAUCUUCGCGGUGGUUCAGAUCAUCCCCUUUGAUUUGACGCACGAUCCAGAGGCUGGCUCGUUGAAUGCCAACAGCUAUGUGGCCGCCACAGCUAUAGUGUCCAUCUUUAUUUGCUGCGUUAUGUGUCCUGUUGGGUGUGUCAUGAUUCGGCGCCUCCGUCCAGCAGCUGCUGGGAAGACGGAGAUCCAGGAUAGCAAGGGCCGGGUCCACGUGGUGAACUUCAAGAGAUCCGAGGUCGUGGAGGAGACCAAGACCAUCCACGAGGAUGAAGAUGACCAGGUUGAUUCAAAGAAAAAGGUGCUUGUGAGAUGGGACGUUGAUCCGGACCGAUUCAUGAGGCGCUUGAACCAACUGCGUGGCCACCGUUGGGUGACCAUGGACAUGCGUGCCAACAAGUCGACGGAAGUGCCCACCAUGACCAAGGAGGCCUCGCAGUCCAUCACCAGGCGCACCAUGAGGCAAGUCUCAGACCGCUGGCAAGACGAGGACCGUACACCCAUGAGCCAGGCGAGCCAGGCAUCUCUGCCAGAUGGGGUGCAGGUUCAGCCCACACAACGCUCGCAGAUCUUCGGCCCCACGGAGACGAACUUGGCUGAGGCUGGCAUUACGGUGUACGUGGAAGAGGAGGCGCAAGAAGAGGUCUCGAACUUCGUUGAGGCGAACAUCACGGAUGUUGUCGAUGUAUGUGUUGAUGUGAACUUGGAGGCGAUCUCCCCCAUGGGCCAUGACGAGCAACUGGCGCCCACUCAGAUUUGGCAAGAAGUUUACAAGGACAACGCUCCAGUAAUCUACUGGUCCGCAACUCAUCAACGUAUGCUGCAAGGCUAUGUGGAGGGUGGAGGGAUCUUCAUCACUGACGAUCCAGAUGAGCUCCCCUGCUACGAUGUGCGUGUGGGUGUGCGGCGGCAGCUGCGCCAUGCUGUGCCCAUCUCCUUUUUGCAGCCAGGGCUGCAAGUUCACGAGCGUGUCCUGGUUUAUGUGGAGGACUACAGGGAAUGGAAGAAGGGUAUUGUCGCGAACGUGCUGCACGCCGCGGGCUUCUACCAAGUCAUUGUCUUCCCAGAGGAAGCGGCGAACGCCGAAGGUGAGGCGGAGGACACUGAGCCCUUCGUGCUCAACAACGUGACCAUUGAAAGGAUCCGGAAGAGAUAUGAGAAGAAUGAUGCGGUCCUCAUUUGGCGAGGACGGUUGAUUGGCUGGAUGUACGGCAUUGUCUUGGAGAAUGUGGAGGAGGACACAAGGAUCACUCCCAUUUCGUCUCCCAGAUGGACGCCCCGAGAGAAGGUUUCGCGCGAGGCUCGAGGCAAGGAUUCUGCUGAAAUUCCCCUGGAGACACGACUGGUCAUGACCGACGAGGGCACCGCCGAGGAGAAAGCCCCGAUAUCUUCGUUCGACCGCCCAGAAGCUGAGAUGACCAUGGUUCAGGUGUUGGUGGCCGGUGAAGUGGAGCCAGAGACGCUACCCAGCUUCCGUGUCCACAUUCUCCCUGAACACGUAGGCAUUUGACCAGGUAGCGCAUCCAAAGAGCUGCUCCAACAUGGAGGCUGCUUCAGCUUGGUCGAGCAAGAUUUUACUUAGAAAAAACCCUUGUGUUGGCAGCUUGCUCCAGACAUGUGGUAACUUUAUUGGACCAAUGCGUAGCAAGACUGGUUUGGGGAGAUCCCCAGACCGCCGUGACGCUCCAAGAGACACGGCCCAAAAUGCGUGGCGGCCAUGGUCGUCCAAAGAUCGCAAUCAAGUUUUAAGCGAGCACAUUGGCUGUGGCCAAGCUAAGGCAUUGG